AUGCAGUUCAGGCUAACUUGCCAGAGAACCUUCAUCCAUGCUGAAGGCCUUGAGGAUGAGGACGUGUCCACGUGCCAGAGACGAACACAGAGUGCACCACCAGAAGAUCGAAGCACCGAACGAAGCACCUACGUGAGCGCCUUGGCCAGCCGCGCAGACCAGCUCCAUUUCUGGCUCCGGAAGCGGGGAGAGAGACACACGAAGGAGGAGAAGGACGAGAAGGAGUCUCAGGCGGAGUCUGAGUCCGAGCAGAACAGCGGCGAUGUGUCCACCCGGGCUGGAGACUCCAGCUCGAGCCGCACGUCCAACGCUUCCAAGAGCUUCUCUAGCCUCUUUUCGCACUCGCCUUCCGCCGCCUCGGAGUCGCAAUCGGAGCCCGAGACCUUCCAAGCCGAGUUCUCCUUGGGAAGCCUCGGCCAUCCGGAGGUGUGCCACAGGCCCUGCGUGAACUUCGCGAAGGGCUUCUGUGCGGCAGGCUCCUCUUGCGACUACUGCCACCUCUCUCACGUGGAGACGCCUUUGGUGACCGCGAACAAGGAACUUCGAGUCAUCCUGCAGCAGGCGACGGAGUUCGACCUGCUCUCGAUCGCGGUGAAGCACGCCUGGACCCGUGCAGCUGACAAGGGCUUCCUCGAGAAGGCCAAGGAGGCCAAGGUCUUGACAUUGCUGGAGGAGAGACUCCAGGCUCUAGUUACUCUAGAGACCGACUCGACUUCGAGCCUCAGCCAGAAGCAUCAAGGCAAGCUCGAUCGCUUCAUGGCCAAGAUGCCCUUCUCAGGACUCAUGGGCCUUGCACUACGUAAGUCCCAGGAUGGCAGCCACACUGCCAUGGUGAAAGCAGCAGUGGACAGCUUGCGAAGCAACCUGUCCCAGUAG